AUGAAACCCAUGAAACCUCUAGAACAAUUUAUUAAAAAUAAUAUUCAAGAAAAAAUUAAAGAUAUAAAAUAUUUUAAAACAUGGUUUAAUGAAAAUUUAGCUAUAGUUAUAAUUUUAAUUACUGGAAAUCCUUUUAAAAAAUAUGAAGCCACGUUAAUUAUUCAUGAACCUGCUGAAAGAAUGAUGAAUAGAAUUUUUAUAAUACUUAAAUGUAUAGCGAGUGAUUUAAAAUUAAAUAAAAUCAAAAGAAAAAUAGAUAUAAUUAAAAAAAAAUUGAAUGAAGAUAAUCCUGGAAUUCAUUUCAAUUUUUUUAAUAAUAAUAUUAUAGAAACAAAAUUACCUUUUGAUAUUAAUAAUAUUAAUCCUGAUGAAUAUAUUAAACCAUUAGAUAUUAUUAAAAUAAAGAGAGGUGGAUAUAAACAUGUUGCUAUUUAUUUAAUUGAUGGUAAAGUUUGUCAAAUAGAUGGCGCGAGAGGAAAUUCUGGUGGAUUAUUUAAGAAGUUAAAUUCUGGUGGUGUGAGGAUUGCUGAUUGGAAAUCAUUCUUAGGUGAUAAUCCAGGAGAAGUAACUAGGUAUCAUGUGUUAAUACCUUUUAAAAGAAAGGAGAAAAUAAUUGAACAUAUUGAAAAAGCUUUAUUAAGCAAGUAUGGAGAGGGUGAGUAUCAUCUUUUAUUGAAAAAUUGUGAACAUUUUGCCAAUAUGUGUGUUUAUAGUAUUAACAGAUCAGAACAAGUGGAAAAGUUGAAAAAGUAUUUAAUAGGGGUGAAAAGGAAAGAAAAUAAUAAUAUUUACAAAAAUAAUAUUUUAGAUAUUAACAAAAGUGACAAAAUGUUCACCAAUUUAAAAGUAUCUAGAGAACUAACUAUAGAGGAAAAACAAAUUAUUGAAGAGUUACGAAGAAGUACUAAAGUUGAAACUAUAAAAGAAACUUCAAAAGGAUGGUUCUCAUUUCGAAAAAUCUUUAAAAUCGUUUCAUGUAUAUUUCGGCGAACAUAA